GUCCCCGCCCACUGCUGGUCACGUGAGUCGCCAAAAUGGCGGCGCUCGGGCGUGAGGCUGGGGCUGACCUGAGGGUUGCAGGUGUGGUGCCGGUGGGAGCUGGGGAAGAGCCCAAGGACAUCAAGAUGCCAACAUACACACAUGGUCAGUCCAGUCCUUCUCUAGGAGAUGCAAAGCUCAGAAAACCAAUGAUCAUCGAAAUCAUAGAAAAAAAGUUUGAAUAUCUUAGAAAAGAAAAGUCUUUAAAUAUAUAUGGAACAAUGGUCUUUGGAACAACAGCUGGUUUCUCUGGAAUAUUGGCAAACAUAAUUUUCAGACAUUGCUUCAAGGUUAAACAUGAUGCUUUGAAGACAUAUGCAUCAUUGACUACACUUCCAUUUUUGUCUACCAUAGUUGCUUAUAAGCUUCUUGUAACAGAUGCUUUGUAUUCAGGUAAGAUCAGCCAGGAAAAUUGUGUCCUGAGAAGUUCGCUGAUUGGCAUAGUGUGCGGUGUUUUAUAUCCCACUGCUUUGGCUUUUUCUAAAAAUGGACGUCUGGCAGUCAAGUAUCAUACUGUUCCACUGCCACCAAGAGGAAGGGUUUUACUUUAUUGGCUGCUGCUAUGUCAAACAGAGAUAAAAGCAAUGGUGCUUCCUCUUGUCCUUCAGACAGCCUGUGGAAUAUAUCACGGUCUACAGCAUUAUGCAAUGUUUGAAAGUACUCUUGAGAAAAGUAUAUAUGAAGAUUAACCAAAAAGUGAAUGGAUACUAAAUCAGCAGAAUGGAUUUUUCUGUGAUGAGGACUCAGGCAUUGCUGCAUGAGUUAAAAGUAAUUCUGGACAGACAGUUCAUUUUUGUUCCUUUUGCCUGGUAUACAGCAGGUGCUCAAUAAAUUUCAGUAAAUAAAUAAAUGCAAGUUUCA